GCACAGUCCUCGUGAAUUUCAACUCAAUUUCAAAUACAAGUACAGACAGUAGCGAUAAAAAUGUGUUUUUCAUUGCAGCAGGCAGAGAAAGCCUAUGGGUCGUGGGGUAAAAUUAUUCGAAUUACUUAUUCCGGAAGGGAAGUUUCAAAAGCAAAGAACACCAUCGGUUUCUAGAGUGUAUUGAAUUUUCUGUCGAUCGAAAAUUAUAUUCUUAUUUUCUUAGUGAUAACGUGAACAUUGUCUGCCGGGAAGCAUUUUUUAAGGUUUUAAUUUUCUUUUUAUUUCUGUCGAUACGGUUUUUUUCUAUUUUAAGAAAAUGACUGAAAAAACAUGUAGUGCUAGUGGUACAUCCUCAAUGGGGAUUACUACAAGUCUCGCCCUUAUAAUUGUUUCCUAUCAGAUUGUGCGAAAAGUUUUACCCUGGUUAUAUUCAAAUAUUAUUGGACCGAAAUUUUUGGGACCAAAGGUUAAUUUCAAAAAAUUGGGUGAAUGGGCUGUGAUAACAGGAGCUACAGACGGUAUCGGAAAGGCAUAUGCAAAAGCGCUUGCGAAGAAAGGACUCAAUGUAGUGCUCAUUAGCCGGUCCCUAAGCAAAUUAGAAACAGUCGCCAAAGAAAUCGCUGAUGAUACCAAAGUAGAAGUUAAGAUAAUUGACGUAGACUUCACUGCUGGGCCGGAAAUAUAUGAAAAAAUUCAAACAAAUCUUGAAGGUCUUGAUAUUGGUGUUUUGAUCAAUAAUGUUGGAAUCAGCUACCAACAUCCAGAAUAUUUCAUCACAUAUACCGAUGAAAAUGAGACAUUCCUUCGUGAUAUUGUUGCAGCUAACAUUCAUUCGGUAACAUUUAUGACAAAAAUGAUUUUGCCUAGAUUAGUGGCCAAAAAGCAAGGUGUCAUCGUAAAUGUUUCAUCACUGGCAGCAGUGAUUCCAAAUCCACUUCUUUCUGUAUACAGUGGAACGAAGGCUUUUGUUGAUAAAUUCAGUGAAGAUUUACAUCAAGAGUACAAGGACCAAGGUAUAAUCAUUCAAAGUGUCCGACCUGGAUUUGUUGCAACAAAUAUGUCCAAAGUACGCAAAACAAGUGCCAUGAUUCCAUCGCCAGAUUGUUAUGCUAGCUCUGCUCUCAAAACUGUGGGAAUCACAGGUCAAACUACUGGAUAUUGGCCACAUGCUGUAAUGGGCCUGGUUAUUGAUACUGUGUCAUCUGUAUUGGGUAGAGAUUUUGCACAAAAUAUGGUUUUCAAUCAAUUGAAAGCAACGAGAAAGAAGGCUUUGCGCAAUGCAAAGAAGAAUUAAUUUAGAAGAAGAAUUAAUUAUUAUUUAAUUUAACUAAAUAUAAAAUAAAUAAAAAUUUAAACUA